AUGUCUGAUUCCAAGGAACUCACCUACACCGAGGUGGCCGAGCACAACUCCAAGAAGGACCUGUACAUGGUCAUUCACGACAAGGUCUACAACUGCUCUACCUUUGUCGACGAGCACCCCGGUGGUGAGGAAGUCCUCCUCGAUGUUGGCGGCCAGGACGCGACUGAGGCCUUUGAGGAUGUUGGCCACUCCGACGAGGCGCGUGAGAUUCUAGACGGUCUGCUUGUUGGCACCCUGAAGAGGAUGCCCGGUGAUCCCGAGCCCAAGAGCAGCGCCCAGCCCACGGCCACAGGCACCAAGUCCGAGAACGGCAGCAUGGGCUUCGCCGUGUACGGCAUCAUCCUCGUCGGCGGUGCCCUCGCCUUCGCCGCGUACCAGUACCUUCAGGCCAACUCGGAGCAGCAGUAG